UUUUGUUAGAGAAACCUGUAUAAUUCAAGCUGUUAUACUUGCUAAGAAACUGAACAUGUUACAUUUAUGUUUUACUUUCAGGCAAGCUAAUGAAGAAUAUCAAGUAUUGGCUAACUCAUGGCGCUACUCUUCAGCAUUUUCAAACAAGCUCUUCUUCACUCUAGUUGAUUAUGAUGAAGGUGCAGAUGUUUUCCAGCAGCUCAAUAUGAACUCUGCUCCAACGUUCAUGCAUUUCCCCCCAAAAGGUAAGCCCAAGAGAGCAGACACGUUUGACCUACAGAGAAUUGGAUUUGCUGCCGAACAGUUAGCUAAAUGGAUUGCUGACAGAACGGAUGUUCACAUCAGAGUGUUCAGGCCACCAAAUUACUCAGGAACUAUUGCACUGGCCCUCUUGGUGUCGCUAGUUGGUGGUUUGCUCUACCUGCGGCGAAACAACCUGGAAUUCAUCUACAACAAGACCGGUUGGGCAAUGGCUGCAUUGUGUGUUGUCUUUGCAAUGACUUCUGGACAAAUGUGGAAUCACAUCCGAGGACCUCCAUAUGCUCAUAAAAAUCCUCAAAAUGGACAAGUGAGUUAUAUACAUGGAAGCAGUCAGGCACAAUUUGUUGCGGAGUCUCAUAUUAUUCUCCUUCUGAAUGCUGCUAUCACCAUGGGAAUGGUUCUUUUGAAUGAAGCUGCUACCUCCAAGGGAGAUGUUGGGAAAAGGAGAAUAAUAUGCCUAGUAGGAUUGGGUCUGGUCGUUUUUUUCUUCAGCUUCCUGCUGUCGAUAUUCCGCUCCAAAUACCAUGGCUAUCCAUACAGCUUCUUAAUUAAGUGAAUUCAAGUGAGAUUUGCAUAAGGCUAAUGUUUACUGCGAAGAUAAGCAUCGACUGUAGUACCUGUGUACAAACAUUUCAUUUUUUUCAAGAGUCUUUCCAUUUCAAUCAUCUGCUUCCUGUGAUUACUUGCAACACUUGUGUGAAGAAGACAAUUUUGUUUUUGUACCUUAUUACUAAAUGCUUCAUCUAAUUUAUAAUGCAUAGCAAACAUUGGAUAUCUAAAUAGGAAAUGUGAUAAUCAAGAAUUAAAAUGUACAGCGCUUGGUGUUCUUCACUUUCAAUAAAGUUAAUUUUA